AUGACUGAGCAACAAAAACGAGUGACUUUGACUUUGCGGGGGAGAAGCGAAGUGCGGCCGGGGAAAGGAAGAGAGUCCAGAAGCGAGAGAGAGAGGAACCCAAGAGGCAAAACGAUGACGGAGUGCCGCUUUGAACCGCACCCUCGAGAGUAUCUGGAGACCGAAAUAAUACCUAACACCCAUACCAUCCAUACCGCACGAAUAACCCCGGUCUUGUGGUCCGGAAGUUGUCUGGGAAAGGGGCUAGUUGCCAUCCACUCUGUUCCAACCCCAUGCCACGGCGCGGCCACCUUUCCUGUCAAAAUCGGAGAGAAUAUAUGUAGUAUUUGUUUGGCCCUUCCUGGUUCUGUUACUCGAGAAUUUACUAAUCACAUUUCUAUGGUCAAAGAAACAGCUGCUAUUUUGUCCCGAGCGAGUACCUGGCGUGGGGUACAAGUCGUCGCCCACGGGAAUCAGCAAGAAACAACCACCACAAGGCUCGGCUAUAAUUGGCGUAGAGACUCUGCAAGCGUAGUGCCGGACGUAAAACAUCAGAUCAGCUCCACUCUACAUUGUAUAAGGUGA